AUGAUGGAAAAUUCGCAUGCUUGGAUGGGUGCAUCGAGCUCUUCAACAAUUGCAGCAGACAGCUAUCAAUACCAGUUGCAAUCCAUGUGGCAGAAAUGUUGGAACACCAAUCAGAGUUUGAUGCAUCAUCUACGCUUCCGCGAGCGUGGUCCACUCAAGUCAUGGCGUCCCGAAACAAUGGCCGAAGCUAUUUUUAGCGUACUAAAAGAGGGACUCUCACUUUCGCAAGCGGCACGCAAGUACGACAUACCCUAUCCGACGUUUGUACUAUACGCGAAUCGCGUGCACAAUAUGCUUGGCCCCUCAAUCGAUGGUGGUCCCGAUUUGCGACCCAAAGGACGUGGGCGUCCGCAACGCAUAUUACUCGGCAUAUGGCCGGACGAACAUAUUAAGGGUGUCAUCAAAACGGUUGUCUUCCGCGAUGCAAAGGACCUCAAAGACGAUAGUCUGGUACCACAUUUACCCUAUGGUCGGCAUUCGGAUGGCCCUAUGAACUACCCCGGCAUGAGUGGACCCUGCCCGAAUGGUGUACCGACGCCCACCGGUGAUCAAAUGUCACAGGAGGCUACGGCUGCCGCUGUGGCAGCUGUUGCGCAUAACAUUCGCCAGCAAAUGCAGUUGGCGGCAGCUGUUCAGCACCAACAUCCGUCAGAGGGUCCGCCAGGCCCCGGCCUCUUUAACUUGCCACCGCAUUUACAGCCACACUUAGCCGCCGCAGCCGCAGCUGGCUCGAGUGGUGCUGCGCCCGGCGGACAUGGCUCGGUGCCGCUGCCAAAGACGAGUAUAUCUCCUGCGCUCAGUACUACAUCGAAUCCUGGUGCCGCCUCAAUGUUGGGCCCACGACACGCUCCUUCGCCAUGCGGUCCUGGCUUGCCUGGCCUGCCGCCUAAUUUGCCACCCAGCAUGGCAAUGGCUCUGCAUAUGGGACGUUGUGAUCCGUCUGCUGUGCUCAGCCAGCAGCAACAGCACCAAUUACAACAUCUACACAUGCAGCAGCAACAAGUGUUACAGCAACAUCAACAGCAACACCAGCAGCAGCAGCAACAACAACACCAGCAGCAACAACAUGCUCUGGGUUACGCGUUACUUGAACAUCGUCGCCCCAGCCCAAGCGCCGAGUCACAUCUACACUCAACACUAACCGAGCUGGGAUUAGAUAUGGGCUAUAAGACAACGCGCAGCAGCGCCUACUCACCUACGCGUCUGUUCUCUGAGGACUUGGCCGCUUUGGUAGGCGCGAGUGAAGAUUCUCCGCCAGGUACAACGGCAACAUCGACCAUUGUAAGUAGCACCAGCACAGUAACGACGUCAGCAACGACUGGCGGUCAUACGGAAGUUAGCAUAACAUCCAGCGCAACGAGCGGUAAUAUAAGUUCCAGUAAUAUAAAAAUCGAACCCAUCACAACAAGUAGCGAAUAA